AUGGCCUCCCCGAAGAAACAUAUCGUCUUCGACGUCGUGGGCACCUGCGUGUCAUUUGAUGCCUUUUUCGAUAGUAUUGAACAAGCCAUUGGACCGAGACUUCUGGCACAUAAUGUGACGUCUAAAUUCUUCGGAUUUGCGUGGAUGCAAACUGCCGAACUAGAACAUACGAUGCUCCGCAUGUCCCAGCGAGAGAAGCCGUAUGCGGAAAUGUUCAAGGCACUCUUCUACCGCGUUCUAUAUAUGGCUGGCAUCGACAACCCGAGAUCGUUCGCAACCGAUGAAGAAAGAGAUAUGUGUCACGCUGGUUAUUCCAGAUUAGAACUGCGCCCGGACUGCAAAGAGAUGAUUGAGAAGCUAAGAGACAAUGGCUUCACUGUCUGGUGCUUGACUACGGGUGAUGCACAAAGGGUCGGUGGCUACUUCAAACGUGCGGGCUUUGACAUGCCCGCCGAAAAUCUUGUCUCAUGUCACGAUUUCCUCAAGCAUGGAGCCCCGGAUUCGUAUCCUCUAGAAUUUUUUAAGCCAUCCAUGAGCUCUUAUAAGCACAUGCUAGAGAAAUUUGCUCCCACGGAUCAAAAAUGGUUCGCUGCAGCGCAUAUGUGGGAUGUCAGCGCUGCUGUCAAGGCCGGCUUCCGAGGCGCCUACUGUUCGAUCUAUGAGAAAGAGUCCUGCAUUGAGGUAUACGAUACCAAGAUGGAUGCUAUGGCUGAUAGUCUGUCCAAAAUGGCGGACAAGAUCAUUGCUGUAUCUUCUCAUACUUGAGUCGUGACUGGAAUAGGGGAGAAUCAGACAGGAUUAUAAUUUAUAAGACCAUCGCACAGCAAUGACAACCAA